CAUCCCAUUUAAUAGUAAAAUCGAAUAACCAAACUUUCUUAAAUCAAGUCCUCACUCUUUUUACUUUCUAUUCUCUUAAUUCUCUAAAACCCUAGUAUUAACACCACUCCCCGCUCCACCCCGGCAAAAUAAUAAUAAACCCAACCACCCCCUUUCUUCAACGCUGUCGUUUGUCUGUUUUAAGCUUUUUCUAACUUUCCGUACAAUGACUGCCGCCGGUGGCGUUUCGAUUGCGAGAAGUCGAGGCGGCGAAAAUCGGUUUUAUAAUCCGCCGCCGAUGAGGAAACAACAACAAGAACAACAGCUGAUGAUGAUGAAGCAGCGGCGAGAACAAAGGCCGUUGAUUUCCCUGAGUUCGACGGAGAAGAGAACAGAUCAUGAGGAAUGCGUCACGUCAUCCCCAUCUUCAUCGUCGGUGAAUAAUAACAAUAAAAGAAAUGAUGAUAAUUCGACGAACUUAGAUCGGUUCUUGGAGUAUACGACUCCUGUGGUUCCGGCUCAGCAGUUACCCGAGACAAGUACAAUGGGAUGGAGAGGGCGAGAGGGCGGACUGGACUGUGCUCCAUAUUUUAUUCUUGAGGAUUUGUGGGAGUCUUUCAAGGAAUGGAGUGCAUAUGGAGCUGGGGUUCCUCUUUUGUUGAAUGGAAGUGACUCUGUAAUGCAAUACUAUGUUCCUUACUUAUCUGGAAUUCAGUUGUAUAUAGACGCAUCAAGACCCUUCUCAAGGCAAAGGAGGCCUAGUGGGGAGAGUGAUGCUGAAUCAUCCAGGGAGACAAGUAGUGAUGGUAGCAACAGUGAUUGUGGAAUAGGUAGAAGAGCUAACAAUGUUGUCCAGGAGGCUUGGAGUCAGAUGGAGAUUGCAGAUGCGAAUAUCAAGAGAUUGAGUCGACCAUCACUUAGAAAUAGACCCCUUGGGGGUUCAUCAAGUGAUGAAAGCGAUAUUUGUAGUCAUCCUGGUCAGCUUAUUUUUGAGUACUUAGAGCAUGAUCAACCAUUUAGUCGUGAGCCAUUGGCUGACAAGAUUUCAGUUCUGGCUUCUCAAUUUCCUGCACUAAGGACUUACAGGAGCUGUGAUCUAUCACCUUCUAGUUGGAUUUCUGUGGCAUGGUAUCCUAUAUAUAGGAUUCCAAUGGGUCCGACUCUACAAAAUCUGGAUGCCUGCUUUUUAACAUAUCACUCUCUAUCACCCUCUCCUGAUACUGGCUCUGAUGGGCUGCCCUUCGGAGGCUUUAAUGUAAGGGAGUUUCAUGGUGCUGACAUGUCCUUAAAGCUAACACUGCCUACCUUUGGACUUGCUUUCUAUAAGUUCAAAGUGUCUGUUUGGAAUCCUGAUGAAGUUAACGAAUGUCAGAAAGCUAAUUCCCUUUUGCAAGCUGCUAAUAACCGGCUCAGGCGUUUGCAAGUGAACCAUCCAGAUUUCAGGUUCUUUGUUUCCCAUAAUACAUACUGGAGGUGAGCAAAGUUCCAAGGCAUAACUGAACUGACCACUUAACUUGGAAGAGUCCCAGUACCUCAGCAGAUUGACUUCCAAACUGUUUCUCUGGCCCCAUCAGCCUUAAAUCAACAAAUACUUAAUAUUUCUAUUUGUAGUUCUUCCUCAUAGCUGUGAGUAAAGAUGCUUUAUUUUGUAUGGAUUAUGGUGGAUACAGAACACAGAUAGCCAUGAUAUUCCCAUUUCAUCUGGUGGGCUUCCUGUGAUACUCCAUGUUCUUUUAUCAGCAUCAUGGCCUUGAAGAGGUAAUCACUACAUUUUCUUAAUAAGCUUGUUUGAUGAUGAUGAUGAAAAUUUCUCUGAUAUUUGUAUAUAACUUGUGUCUUUCUGAGUUCAGUAUGUGUAACAUACUACUUGUACUAACACUUUCUAUAGAGCUACGUGGAGGUGAAAUAACACGUUAGCUCAUCUUCUUGAUGGAAUGGAGUUAUAUUCAAGCAGUUGAAAUAUUUUUUUUCGCUUUUUAUAGUUUCUCCCCCUUUUCUUACUUUCCCACACAUGAAGUUUCAGUGGCUUUCAUUGUCAGGCUCAUAUUUUUGCCUUUUAAGGUUGGACAAGUUAAUGUUCAUGUCGAAAGUCGAAAACGUUUUUAGGAAUGGAAACAAGCCAUGUGUUUUUUAUGAGUGGAGUAGAUGAAUAGGCUGGAAUACAAAUCUGUCUUGCUGCAGUGCUUGCUUCAUAUGUAAUUAUGUACUACUAUUUGUAGAAAAUCUCAAAAUGUUACGGUACUCUCCCCCGUAGGCAUUCCCAAUAACUCAAAAGAAAUGACGAAAAUGUUCACCAAUGGGACAAGUAAAGCAUGCUAAAAUCCCCACUUUUUCUUUUUCCCACGUGAAAAGAGCAUGAUUCAAUUGAUAAUUUUAAUGACUA